GAGAGAGAGCGGGGAGAGAGGGAGGCUGCAAUCUCCUCCCUGAAUCGCGCACAGCGCUGCAGAUCCCAGUGCUCUAACAUGCGGGCCGAAUGCAGGUGAGGAAAGACACAGACUCUGCGGCUGCGAACCCAAACUUGGGCACCAAGCGGUGCGCACGGCUCAGCCUUCACCCUCGUGGGCGAAAAGCUGCUGCGGUUUCUGGCGGCGGCUUCGUGACUAAUGACCUUGCGCAGAGUUGUUAAGAAAAAAAGAGAAACCCGAGCUCUCUGGGGUGAGAAGGGACUGACUAUCUGGGUGUCCCUGAAGAUGGCUCGGGCUGCUCUUCCGCACGCGAGGGGAACCCUGAAGAGGACCGCUGUGUGACUCGUGUCGUCUCCACUGCACGGUGCCCGAAGCGACCUGCCGGGAUUUUUCAUUCUCGAUCUGUUGACUGGCUCCUCCGCUGCCUGAGCGGAGUCGGAGUUGAGACUGGCUUGUUGCUAGCCCUAGCACCUCGUGCAGGAAGCGACUCACGUUUGCCUGGGCAGCCGGAGCAGAAGCUGGGUCUGGAGUGAGUGGCUGGAACGUGAAUUGGACGCAACUCGAGUAGCAGCAAAGACGAGCGGGGUUGGCAGGCGGGGGAGGCUGCAGGCUCGCUCCCCGCUGCUUCCCGGCUCCACCGCCGGCCUGACGGACCGGUUCCGGCCCCAUCCGACAGAGCGGGGACGGGAGCCCGGGAUCCUCUGCCCGUUGCGGUGAUGACUCUGCGGGGGCGGGGAGGGGGCUCCGAGUCCGCGGCGCUCAGUGUCCCGUGAACUGUGAGUACUGCGACUGAACGGCGGCUGGCGAGCGGGCGAUUAGCACCCAUUGCAUGAAUUAUGAAACAAUAACUUUAGGAGGAAGCAGGAAUUAAAAAAAAAAAAAAAAGGAUCUAUCGCUGGUCCCCCCUGGCCGACUCUGGACGUUGCUCUUGCCCCCUCCCUUUUCUCCCUCUCGCUUCUUCCCUUCACAGAGAGGGGAGAGGACUGGGAGGAGGGCAGGCGACCGGCCCCGGAGGAGGGGGGCGCCUAGGGGACCGUGAUUAGAAGGAGCAGUAGCAGCAGCAGCAGGAGAAGAUGCUGAGGAUGCGGACCAUGGGAUGGGCGCGCGCCUGGUGCCUGGGCUGCUGUCUCCUCUUGCCGCUCUCGGUAAGCCUGGCGGCCGCCAAGCAACUCCUCCGGUACCGACUGGCCGAGGAGGGCCCAGCAGACGUCCGCAUCGGCAACGUCGCCUCGGACUUGGGCAUCGUGACCGGCUCCGGUGAGGUGACUUUCAGCCUCGAGUCGGGUUCGGAGUACCUGAAGAUCGACAACCUCACCGGCGAGCUGAGUACCAGCGAGCGGCGCAUCGACCGCGAGAAGCUACCUCAGUGUCAGAUGAUCUUCGACGAAAACGAGUGCUUCCUGGACUUCGAGGUGUCGGUGAUCGGGCCCUCGCAGAGCUGGGUGGACCUGUUCGAGGGUCGGGUCAUCGUGCUCGACAUCAACGACAACACGCCCACCUUCCCGUCGCCCGUGCUCACGCUCACGGUGGAGGAGAACCGGCCAGUGGGCACUCUCUAUCUGCUGCCCACUGCCACCGACCGUGAUUUCGGCCGCAACGGCAUCGAACGCUACGAGCUGCUCCAGGAGCCCGGGGGCGGCGGCGGCGGCGGCGAGGGCCGGCGCGCCGGGCCUGCAGACAGCGCCCCCUACCCCGGGGGCGGCGGGAACAGCGCGAGCGGCGGCGGCCCGGGUGGUUCCAAGAGGCGGCUGGACGCGCCAGAGGGUGGCGGCGGGACCAGCACCGGCGGCCGCAGCAGCGUGUUCGAACUGCAGGUGGCCGACACCCCGGAUGGCGAAAAGCAGCCGCAGCUGAUCGUGAAGGGGGCGCUGGACCGCGAACAGCGAGACUCCUACGAGUUGACCCUGCGUGUGCGCGACGGUGGCGACCCGCCUCGCUCCUCCCAGGCCAUCCUGCGGGUGCUCAUCACGGACGUGAACGACAACAGUCCCCGCUUCGAGAAGAGCGUGUACGAGGCUGACCUGGCGGAGAACAGCGCCCCGGGGACCCCCAUCCUGCAGCUGCGGGCCGCCGACCUGGACGUGGGGGUCAACGGGCAGAUCGAGUACGUGUUCGGGGCGGCUACCGAGUCCGUGCGGCGCCUGCUGCGCCUCGACGAGACGUCCGGCUGGCUCAGUGUCCUGCACCGUAUCGACCGUGAGGAAGUGAACCAGCUGCGCUUCACCGUCAUGGCCCGCGAUCGCGGGCAGCCCCCCAAGACCGACAAGGCCACGGUGGUCCUUAAUAUCAAGGACGAGAACGACAAUGUGCCGUCCAUUGAAAUCCGCAAGAUCGGGCGUAUCCCACUAAAGGACGGGGUGGCCAACGUGGCCGAGGACGUUCUGGUCGACACCCCCAUCGCCCUGGUACAAGUGUCUGACCGAGACCAAGGCGAGAACGGAGUGGUCACCUGCACCGUGGUGGGCGAUGUGCCCUUCCAACUCAAGCCGGCCAGUGACACAGAGGGCGACCAGAACAAAAAAAAGUACUUCCUGCACACCUCGGCCCCUUUGGACUAUGAGACCACCCGGGAGUUCAACGUGGUCAUAGUGGCGGUGGACUCGGGCAGUCCCAGCCUCUCCAGCAACAACUCCCUGAUUGUCAAGGUGGGAGACACCAAUGACAACCCGCCCGUCUUCGGCCAGUCGGUGGUGGAGGUAUACUUUCCCGAGAACAACAUCCCUGGCGAGAGGGUAGCCACGGUGCUGGCGACAGACGCAGACAGCGGCAAAAACGCUGAAAUCGCCUACUCGCUGGACUCUUCCGUGAUGGGGAUCUUUGCCAUCGACCCCGAUUCUGGGGACAUCCUCGUCAAUACGGUGCUGGACCGCGAGCAGACUGACAGGUAUGAGUUUAAAGUUAACGCCAAAGACAAAGGCAUCCCAGUGCUACAGGGCAGCACCACAGUGAUUGUGCAGGUGGCUGACAAGAAUGACAAUGAUCCUAAGUUUAUGCAGGACGUCUUUACCUUUUAUGUGAAAGAAAAUUUGCAGCCCAACAGUCCCGUGGGAAUGGUCACAGUGAUGGAUGCUGACAAGGGGCGCAAUGCAGAGAUGAGUCUGUACAUAGAGGAGAACAGUAACAUUUUUUCCAUUGAAAAUGACACGGGGACCAUUUACUCCACAAUGUCUUUUGACCGGGAACAUCAGACCACAUACACAUUCAGAGUCAAGGCUGUGGAUGGGGGAGAUCCUCCCAGAUCCGCAACAGCCACAGUCUCCCUCUUUGUGAUGGAUGAGAAUGACAAUGCCCCCACAGUUACCCUUCCCAGAAAUGUCUCCUACACUUUACUGCCACCUUCAAGUAAUGUCAGGACAGUAGUAGCUACGGUGUUGGCAACAGACAGCGAUGAUGGCAUCAAUGCAGACCUUAACUACAGCAUUGUGGGAGGGAAUCCCUUCAAGCUGUUUGAGAUUGAUUCCACCAGUGGUGUGGUUUCCUUAGUGGGAAAACUCACCCAAAAGCAUUAUGGCUUGCACAGAUUGGUGGUGCAAGUGAAUGAUAGUGGGCAGCCUUCCCAGUCUACCACGACUCUGGUGCAUGUGUUUGUCAAUGAAAGUGUUUCUAAUGCAACUGUGAUUGACUCCCAGAUAGCCAGAAGUUUGCACACCCCACUCACCCAGGAUAUAGCCGGUGACCCAAGCUAUGAAAUAAGCAAACAGAGACUCAGUAUUGUCAUUGGGGUUGUUGCUGGAAUUAUGACGGUGAUUCUAAUCAUCUUAAUUGUAGUGAUGGCAAGAUAUUGCCGGUCCAAAAAUAAAAAUGGCUAUGAAGCCGGCAAAAAAGAUCACGAAGACUUUUUUACACCACAACAGCAUGACAAAUCUAAAAAGCCUAAAAAGGACAAGAGAAACAAAAAAUCUAAGCAGCCUCUCUACAGCAGCAUUGUCACUGUAGAAGCUUCUAAACCAAAUGGACAGAGGUAUGAUAGUGUCAAUGAGAAGCUGUCAGACAGCCCAAGCAUGGGCCGAUACCGAUCAGUUAAUGGUGGGCCUGGCAGUCCUGACCUGGCCAGGCAUUACAAAUCUAGUUCCCCAUUGCCUACUGUCCAGCUUCACCCCCAAUCACCAACUGCAGGAAAAAAACACCAGGCCGUACAAGAUCUACCGCCAGCUAACACAUUUGUGGGAGCAGGAGACAACAUUUCAAUUGGAUCAGAUCACUGCUCUGAGUACAGCUGUCAAACCAAUAACAAGUACACCAAACAGAUGCGUCUGCAUCCAUACAUUACUGUGUUUGGCUGAAUUCCACUCUAAUAUGAUGCUCCAUUAUGCACCAUACUCUGAUGACCUUGCUACUUCACAACCUGCUGGAGCCUGCCCUUGGCCGUGGGGUGUCAGCCAAUCACUGCUUGUUCCACUUGUUGUGCAUCUGAUUUUCAAGGUUUUUUGUUUUGUUUUGUUUUUUUCUCUUUUAAGAAAAAUAGUUUUGAAAUAAACGUAUAGAAGAAAGAGUAUUAAUAAAGAAAUGUGCUACUAAUGGAUGUCUAAGUCACCAGGAAUUCCUUUCUCAGAGUGGUGGUUAGCAGAACUUAACAGUGAAGUCUUUAAAAAAAAAAAAAAAAAACCAAAAGCGUAUUUCAACAAUGAUUUUAAGACGCUGGCUUUGUGUAAACCAAGGAAAAUUAAGUCUAUGAGGUCUUUGUCUAUAAUACAUUAAAAAAUGACUUUGAAUAAAAUCCUAAAUUGAUCAAUAGUUUUAAAGUGUUAUGUAAUCAAAGCCUUUUCCAGAUCAGGGAGAUAGGUCUGUCAGAGUGAAGGAUGGUGUCUCCUUUGCAUUGUGUGGGUGUAUUUCUAAAUGCCACUGUGCGUGUUUGCUCCCACACAUGUGUAUACAAGGACUUGGAGCAAUAUUUAUAAAAAAAUAUUGCCUGUAAGACAAACUUGAGAGAUUUAUUUUGUGUUUACCACAGGCACUGCCAAUGGACUGGCUUUUCCUUAAUCUUGAAAUACUGACCAAAAUAUCUGUAGAAUUUUUAAGAUUUGUGUCGCUGUUGUUAUUAAAUUCCUUAAGAAAAUUUAGAACCUUUAAGUUAGAUUCACUGAAGUCACUGUGGUCACAUUCAGAAGGAGUAUGUGGCUACCUAUUUUUGUGGACUGCAUUUACCUGAAGGCUAUUCUAUUUGAUGUCAGAUAACAUAAGUUCAAGCAGCUUCUGAGAAUUCAGCACGUUAUAUAUUUUUGAGAAAGCAAGUAGCCGAAGUUUAGUUGUACAAAUAGUGAUUUGCUAGGUAAGUCAAGAAUUCUCUGUAUGGUCCCAACUCUCUCUGUUUAUAUUUUUAUGUCUCUAUUUGUUAUGUCGUAUGUGUUUAUGUGCUUAAAAAUAAGUGUUCCAUAUGAAAACUUUGAUAAUUUUAUAUUUAUCAUAUCAUCUGCCUUAUUAGAGUUUUCCCCAAGUUUUUAAAUACUAAGAAUUCAAGAUUCUUGAGAAUUUUUUGAUGAAUUAUUGUCAAUAUAAAAGCCCUUUAUGAAAUAUAAAUAAAUACUGGAACAACAUUAAAAUGUGGAAUGAUAGGAGAUGCACGCUAACCCAUGUAAAUCACCAGUGCAUGUAUUUCAGUCUUUUUAUUUUAUUAGCUGUUUAUUUAAUUUUGCAAAAUAGAAAUUUUCAGAAAUAUCACUGAGAAUAUAGUGAAAUUCCUGAAAAAAACCUAAUUUUUGUCAACCUCUCAUUUUGUUUUGAGCACAAGGACCAGUGUAAGAAACGGGUGAAAAAACUUCUUUCCACUUUUGGCUUCUAGGAAAUAUUAUGUUUCCUCAUCCCAAGUAGAAAACUUCCUUAGAUAUAUACUUAAACUAAAUCCUGUAACAAAUCUCAUCAACUCAAAACAAAUUACAGACCAAAAGACCAAAAAACGAAGUCCAGAAUUUGGGGAUAAAUUCAUCUGUAACCACAUGGAGGGGUUAUUUAUGAAUACCUUCACAAGGACCAUUCUAAGUCAGAAUUUUGCAAACUUGGGUUGCAACACACUAUUGGGACAUGAAUCAAUUUGUGAGUUUCUACCACAAUUCGAAAGAUACGAAAUAAAGCAGAAAAAUUUAAUGUACGCCAUGCAUGUAGUAAGAGUAAAUAUUGUCUUGUGCAAUCUUCAUUUCAGUUGUGUUUGUAUGCAUGUGUGUCUUCCUGCUUUUGGUUGCUAUGUAAAAAAUUUGUCUUAUUGUGGAAGCAGUUGAAAAGGAUUGAGAACCAUCACUCUAGAUUGUUCGGGGUAGGGAACAGUGGCUAUUUUACUGUUAUGAUUAGAAA